AAUGAGAGGAGAAAGUGGAAGUGAGCUAGUGUCAGUAAAAGAAGGCAGUCUGACUACCAAGAGAGAAAAGAGAGUGCUCAGCAAACAGCUCGCACUCAUUGUGUCAGUGAAAUUCUGAACACGGACAGCUGGUGCAUUUGAGCUGAAGAAAACAGUUUUCAGUGCACAAAAACAGAGGAAGUGGAGAGAAAAGAGAUAAGGAGAGGAGAGGUUCUUCGUGGAAAGAUGGACUCUGAUUCUGGGGAUCAGAGUGAGGGAGAAUUCUCUCCAGGUCAAGAGAGCUUCAACUCCAAGAGUUUGGCCCUUCAGGCCCAGAAGAAGAUCUUGAGUAAAAUGGCGACCAUGGCAGUGGCGAACCUCCUCACAGACGACAUCAGUAGCGAAAUUCUGGAUGAGCUUUACAAGGCCAGUCGUGAGUAUACCAAGAGCAAGAAGGAAGCCCACAAGAUCAUCAAAGACAUCAUCAAGAUCGCGCUGAAGAUUGGCAUCCUCUACCGGAACCACCAGUUCAGCUCUGAGGAGAUGGAGACCGUUGAGCGUUUCAAAAAAAAGAUGAACCAGGCGGCCAUGACGGUGGUUAGCUUUUACGAGGUGGAGUACACAUUUGACCGUGGCAUUCUGUCUGAGCUGUUGAUGGAAUGUAGGGACCUUCUUCACGAGUUGGUGGAGCAUCACUUGACGACACGCUCCCACGGGCGGAUCGACCAUGUUUUCAACCAUUUCGCAGAUGUGGAUUUCCUAACUGAGUUGUAUGGCCCGUCUGAAGAGUACAGACUCAACCUGAGGAAGAUCUGUGAUGGGGUAAACAAACUCCUGGAUGAUGGCGUACUUUAACCAAACCUCCAGUUUGCGGUUUCUCAGACUCCAUCAGGCUGUUGGGAUUUGAACUGACAGAAACAUGUGUUGUUGUUUCUAUGGGAAAUAUAGGGUGUCAUGGUAACUUUAUGAUGUGAUUGUAACUAGGGCUGGGCAGUAUUUUAAAUAUUCACACUGGUUCUUAUUUCUAAAGCCACCUUUUCACUGUCUCCGACACACUUACAAAAACUGAGAGUUCAUGCAAACUUGCAGCAAAUGUACCACUGAUUAUUUCCACAUCCAAAUAAGCUUUGUGGCAAACUUGUGACAAUUUGUCCAUUGUUGCAAAAGGUUUGCUGCAGGUUCACGCCUACCGGUGAAGAGCUGCAAACUACUGGCAAGUUUGCCAUGAACUCUCGAUUUUUGUAAGGGCAUUCACAUACGACUGAAACAUUUGUUCACAAUGGACUGUAUUCUUUGCAAGGGAGAGGCACUCGUGGAUCGCCUUGUCAAGUACCCAGUCCCUAUAUAUUUGCAAUGUAAAUUAUUAUUUCUGACUCCUUUCAUAAUCAUACAAUUUGCCAAAGAAGCAGGCAUUUACAAUAAAGUUUAGGACAAAGGACCCAUUGAUAUUUGUCACUUCACGCUCAUAGUUUUUAAUGAAAAACAUCAUAUCAGUUCGAGCGUUGCAUAUGGUCUAGUCGCACGAAAUUGAAAUAUUUAAAUGCAUCCAAUGCUCAAAUCCAAUCUGAAAAUUCUGCAUCCACAGACUGUGGGACUCUCUACUGGAAAUGAAUGAAUGAUCUUCUGUCGGAUGCAGUGAAAAGGUGGCUUAAUAAUUAAUUGCGUAUAAGUUGCGUUCUUAGGUUCAUUAAAAAUACUUUGUCUCAGACAAACAUUCCGCCAGAUUAAAAAAACGUUUCAGACACACAUAAAUUUGUUGUUACCUUCGUUCUGUACCAUCUGUAAUGGUUUUGAUGGAGAUAUAAAAUUAAACAAAAUUGUGAAUAUUCCGACGAUUUUAAUGUGCUUUAUUUUCGGCCAUUACGUUAGACUAGGUUACCUGUCUCGAAACUCACUAGUAUGAGAGCAUUAUGACUUUAGCGUUAAAACUUUAGUAGUAAAAACGCUAGUUCGUUGUUAGGUUUGAUUCAUUUGGUUCAUUUCUGUUUCAAUUAAUUGACUCAUAACUCUGAAUCAGUGAUUCGUUUGUGCCAUCACUCGAAAAUGUUCACGGAAAUCUCUCUAUGGGACAUUCAAUCUAUUUAAAUGUUAUACUAAAGUGUUAAGUAAGCUUAAUAUCAUCUCUGAUUUCAACUUCAGUAGCAAAAAUACUGUUGAUUCAUCUCCGUGAAUCAGUUUAAACUGUCCAUUUCAAUGCUUCACCUUAUAAACCUGAUCCAUAGACUAAUUUGCAUCAUCAUUCAAAAAUGUUCCCUGAAGUCUCCACACAGCAUUUUCAUCAAAAGCUUAAAAAUAUUGAGAUUUGUCAUUAUUUGUUUAGUUAUAUCACCCAGCCCUGAUUGUAACCCAGCAUGUAGGGAUGGUCACCCUGGUGCAAAUUAAAGUCAAAUCCUGGUUUGUAUUUCCAACAUACCAGAUGAUUGUCUGAGGAACUCCAGGAACGUUUUAAAUUACAAGCUCCUUUAUAUGCACUGUAUGCAAUUCAACCUACCUAUCCUUUAAGAAUGUUCUAGCAAUGCAACCUUAGCUUUCUUCAGUGUGUGUACAAGAACCAAUGAGGAUGUUUAAUUAAUAGUUUGCCCAAAAAUAAAUGUACUCACUUUCAUGUCAUUCAAAAACUGAGGAACACAAAUGGAGAUGUUUAGCAGAAUCUCUGAAAUAAUGAAGGUGAAAGGGGACUGGGGCUUCUAAGCUCCAAUAAACAGCUUUAUAUACAUUAACAACUUAAAUUUUGGUUUCAUCCUCAAAAAACAGGUUUCAAAUGGCUUAAGAAGACAUUGGAAAAAAAUUGCCUAUUUUUGUGGUGCUUUUUGAUUGAGUUUGACAAAAUAUAUGACUUAAUCCAGUCAAAUACUUUGAUAGGAUAGAAAAAAGAACCUCAGAGAUUCUGCCAAACAUCUCCUUUUGUGUUCCACAGAAGAAAGUGAGUUCAGAACUACACGAAGAUGAGAAAUUAAUGACAGAAUUUUCUUUUUUGAGUGAACUAUUCCUAUAAUAUUGCAAAAGCUUUGAGAGCUGAUAAAAUAAAUGGCACAAACCUUUGUAGAACAGAGUGUGAGUCAAAAGAAAAAGAUGAAGUGCAGCAGAAAGAUUGUAAAUAAACUUAGGGGUUUUGGUCUUCUGUCUUUUGCCUUUGUAAUGACUGUGUCACAGCAGCUCCCAUGAUCCUGUGCUUGGUCUUUCCAGAGCCUUAUACUUUAGCAUGUAAAUGUGUGUACAGGAGAGAAAUGUGAUUAUUCCACAAGUCUGUUGAGUGUAGCACUAUUAUCAUUAAACAUUCCACAUGGACUUCC